AUGGUGCACCCACUAAAGCGCAUGACCAAAUUGCACAGGCGCCCGCAGUUACUAUGGAUAAGAUUUGGACCAGGCGCAAUCGUAUUACCCAAAGAGGUGUCGAAGAUUAGCAUGGAAAUGAGCACAAAGAUCUACGGAGGACACCAUGGAGCAAGAAAAUUCUGGCGCAACAUGCUCCCCAAAAUGAAGUAUCACAACCCCUCGAUUCCGAUGGAAGUCUCAAGACACAGCGACGCGGAUGGUCCUUCACUCCUCAGCGUUUACAUGGGCGACAAAACACAGCCUGCUACUGGUACCACAAAUUCGCCCACAGCCCAACAAUCCGACUCGACGCCGCCGUCAGGCACACCGAACGCGCGCAAUACCCUCGUUCCCGACAGCUCAAAACCCGCAUUUACGAUCAACAUGAGAGAUCAGACGGACAGCGAAAUUAUAGCUGCAUUGAUGGAGAAGCUAGGAGGUGUGGAAGAAGUCCAGCCGACGGAGGAGGAGAAGGCAAGGAUGCAAGAGCUAGAGGAGGCUAGGGAGAGAGCGGAGGCGGAUAGGAUCCUGAUGGCGGAUACGUUGGCCAAGGAGCGGAGGGAGGCUGAACUGCUCAAGUUGGCAAGGGGAGAGAUUCCAUCUCAGAAUUGA